AUGGAGGAGGACACGUUGGAAGCGUGUCUUGACUUACCCAGUGGAGACUAUGAGUAUAAAUUCAAGAUGGGCAAAACCUGGUUCUGCGACACGACAAAGCCAGUAGUGCCGAACGUGUUUGGAACACUCAACAACUACAUUGAAGUAGUCAAAGAGACGGAUGGAGGCUCAGCUACAAGUUUUCCCGAGACGGUUCAAGUCACGCAUCUUGACCCUGAAAUACUGCAGCAGGCACUUGCCAAAGUCUCGGAGGAGACACAAACGAGUGAGGUUGAAAUUGAGAAAACUGACGAACGCAGCACUGCAGGAGGAGACGACAAGAAUUCAACAACUUUUGUUGAAGAGCAGACGCCGAUCCAAGAAGACAAGGUCUCGGAGGAGAAAGAAACGAGCAAAGAUGGAGUUGAGAAAACUGAUGAAAGCACUAUUGCAGAAUGUGUCAGGAUCUCAGCAACAUGUGUUGAAGAGAAGACGAUCCAAGAAAACAAGGUCUCGGAAGAAAAAGAAGCGCCAGAAGAUAAAAUUGAGACAACUGAUGAAAGUGGCAUUGCAGAAAAAGACGACAAGAUCUCUCCAACAUGUUCUGAAGAGCAGACGAUCCAAGAAGACACGGAGCCAACAGCGACAGUCGCACCACAGCAGUUUGUCAUACAAGAUUCACUGAUGAGCAUUUGUAUGACGCCUGACAUGCCUCCUCCAGUCAUUUCAAAGCAGGCGACACAUGAAGACAAGGAUUUCUCCGAGGAAACAGUUUCACAGGGACGAAAAAGAGACGAGCCUACUGUCUGUGUCUGUAGAAAGCCAGUGCCGAUUCCGGUCAGACCAGUUCCACAGGAGACUACUUCAAAUGAUGUCAUCGAGUCUGAAUCCGAGGCCAUCACUGAAACAGCGUCACAAGAUGAAACAGCUGCAGAGGGUUCUGAAGACACGAGUCAAAAGUCAAACGAAACAGCACAACAACAUGAAGAAGUAGUAAAGGAAGAACAACCCGAGUUGACUAUGGAAACAAGAGUUGAGAACUUUGAUCAAACUGCUGUUAGCGUGGUCGAAAGGCUUGAAGAAAAGGAUGACAUUAAAACAACAGCCCAAGAGACAACCCAAAUGGUUGAAACAAUCACUCCAGAUGUCGAAAAGGAGUCGAAAGAAAGGGUUACACCAGAUAGCGUUGAGAAAGAAGAGGACAAUACUGUGCCGGAGGCAAUUAUGAUAAAAGACACAACAGGGAAAGGAGUUGCCUUUGUGGAAAAGGAGGCAAAACCAGACGAAAGAGCUGAAGAUGAGGAAACUGUUUCACGGGAAGGAAAAACAGACGAGCCUGUGAUCUGUAUCUGUUAUAAACCAACUCCAGUCACACUAGUUCUAUCACCAGAGACUACAUCAGAAGAUGCCAUCGAGCCCAAAUCCGUGGCCACCACUGACACAACAUCACCAGAUAAAACAGUAGGAGAUAUUGCUGAAGGCACUGAUAAAAAGCCAGACGAAACAGCACAACAACAAGAAGUAAAGGUGGUGGAAGAACAACCUGAGUCGUCUGUGGACGAAGAAGAUGGGAAGCCAGUUGAACAGGCUGCAGAUGACAAUGUUCAGAAGGUAGAAAGCGUAGAAGUUUCCAUGGAAACACCAUUACGAGAUGAAGAGGUUGAAAUAAUUGAUGAGAAAAGAGAAGAAGUUGUCCAAGACAUCAAAGAGAAGCCAGAUCAGAAGGUUUCCAAUGAGGAAACACCUCAGAACGAAGCAACUGAGAGGCCUGACCUGGACGUUAGUGACAAAUCAGAGGAAAAGACUUCUUCUCAGACAACACAUCCAGACCAAGCAGCUGACGAGGACGUCAUAGACAUUGUAGUGCAGUCGGUAGACGAAACAGUUGUUAAAGCUGCCCCAGCCGCGGGUGAGACGUUUGAAGAGAAUAUUCAUACCGAAGUCACACUACCAGAUGAAACGAUUAAAACAACUGUGCCAUGUACUGUGGCUGCACCGGAAGAGAUAGAUGAAACAAAUGUUUGGCCACCACAAGAGAUAACUAUUCAAGAAGCUGUCACGAAUCUUGAAACUGCAGUCAUAACAGAAUCGCCUACACAAGACAAAGACGAUACUGCAGCAGACUUUGUCGCUGCAACAGACGAAUUGGCUGCGUCCGAAAUCCAGCGACGAGUGACAGAUUCAGUUCAAGAAGUUUCCCCACAAAUCGCUGAAAAGGUAGAAGAUCAGGACGCUACAGCUACAAAAAAAGAUGAGGAAUCCUCCGAAAUACCUCAGUCAGAGGGAACCACUCAUGACACUGUGUUGGUAACGUCUGAAGACGUAUAUGAGAAAGGUCAUUCUGAAAUAUCUCCAACUAAGGAACCAGUUGAAGUAAUUGUCUUAGACACUGUUGAAAAAUUGGACGACACUACCCAGACGGAAACCCCACCGGCACUGCCAACUGGAGUAGCAGACACUGCUGAGAAAGUUACCUCCAAAACAGCACCAACGUUUGAACCUACACAGAAGGAUGCCCCUGACAUAGCUGAAGAGGUGAAGGUUAUAACGGUAAAGAUUACGAAGGAACCACAGACAGGCAAACCAUUUAAGGCGGCUGCUUUACAAAGCAAAACGUAUGCUCAGGCUGUCAAGGACAGUUUCCCCAAAGUUGAGAAGACCGUACAGGAAAACGGAGACAUGUCAGAUGUGGGCGAAACUCACAAGGAGACACCACCAAAAGACAAGUCGGUCGAUGAGACUGUGCCAGAAAAUGUGGAACUACCAAAAGAGGAAGUUACUGAAAUGCUGCCAUCAGAAAAAGUCGAGGAGAAAGUGUCAGAAAAGGAGGAGCUAACAAAAGAAGAAAUCCACAUCGAUGCACCAUCCGAAGACAUAAUCAUUAAGACGAUAGUAGAGCCACAAAGCGUGGAGUUUGGAGAAGAGAAAGUUCACACAGAAACUCCACCACCAGACAAGCCAGUUGAGAGGGUAGUAUCAGAAAAGACGGAAGAACCUAAAAUGGAAAUCCACACUGAAACUCCACCAGAAGACAAAACGCCUGAAAACACUGUACAACAGCAACAAGUAGAAGUGGUGGAAGAAGAGAAAGAGGAGGUACAAGUCGUAGUACAAGAGAAAGUACAAACAGAAACACUAUCACCAGACAAGACAGUUGAGACGAAAGUAUCAGAAAAGAUGGAAGGACUGGAAGAGGAAGUCAGCAUUGAAACGCCACCAGAAGACAAAACGGUAAAAGAGACUGUAAAGCCACAAGUAUCAGAAGUGGUAGAAGAGACAAUUCAGACAGAAGCUCCAGAUAAGCCAGUUGACGAGAAAGUAUCAGAAAAGGUUGAGGAAGCAAAAGAGGAAAUCCACACUGAAGCACCACCAGAAGACAAAAUAAUUAUGACGACUGUACAGCCACAAAACGUGGAAGUGGUAAAAGAGACAAUUCACACAGAAACUCCACCACCAGACAAACCAGUUGACGAGAAAGUAUCAGAAAAGGUGGAGGUACCAAAAGAGGAAAUCCACACUGAAACACCACCAGAAGACAAAACGGUGGAAACGACUGUACAGACACAUAAGGUGGAGGUGUCAGAAGAUACAGUUCACACAAAAACACAACCACCAGACAAGCCAGUUGAGAAGGUGUCAGAAACGGUGGAAGUAACAAAAGAGGAAGUCCACAUUGAAGCGUCAACAGAAAACGACAAACCAGUUGAAAAGAUUGUACAACCACAACAAGUAUCAGAAGUGUCAGAGAGGCAAGUUCAUACAGAAACUACACAACCAGACAAACCAGUUGACGAUAAAGUAUCAGAAAAGGUGGAGAUACCAAAAGAGGAAAUCCACACUGAAACACCACCAGAAGACAAAACGGUGGAAACGACUGUACAGACACAAGAGGUGGAGGUGUCAGAAGAUACAGUUCACACAGAAACUUCACCGCCCAAAAAAACAGUUGAGAUAAUAGUAUCAGAAAAGAAGAAGGUAGUAAAAGAGGAAGUCCACACUGAAACGCCACUAGAAGACAGAUCCGUUAAAGAGACUGUGCAACCACAAAAGGUGAAAGUGGUAGAAGAUAAAGUUCAACCAGAAACUCCACCAUCAGACAAGCCAGUUGAGAUAAUAGUAUCAGAAAAGACGGAGGUAGUAAAAGAGGAAGUCCACACUGAAACACCACCAGAAGACAAGACGGUUGAAAAGACCAUACAACAUAUAACAGUAGAAGUGUCAAAAGAGGAAAGUCACACAGAGACUCCACCAACAGACAAGCCAGUCGAAAAGAAAGUAUUAGAAAAGGUUGAAGUACCGAAAGAAAAACUCCACAUUGAAGCAAAAUCAACAGUUGAGGAAACAGCCCCACACAUAGUGGAGUGUUACAAAACUAUUCACGAAAUACUGACAGAGACAGAACCAACAGACAAAACAGUCGAAAUAAAAGUAUCUGACAAGGUGGAAGUACCAACAGAAAAACUCCACACUGAAGCAGAAUCAAUAGUUGAGAAAACAGCCCCUCCCAAAGUGGAGCCAUGUUACAAAACCAUUCACGAAAUCCUGAUGGAAGAUACUACAGAGAAGAUCCCACUGUUUGAGUAUACCCAGUUCACACUUGUAUGUAAGGAGGAGACCAGUGGUGACGUGUUCGUUCAAGGAUCAUGGGACGGAUGGAAGGAGUCAUUCAAACUCAACAAAAGUGAAGACGGAAGCUACAGCGAAUCUGUGAUGCUGCCAUACGGUCUACAUGAGUAUAAGUACCGAGUUGGAAACAGUUGGAUCCACGACGACACAAAGGCCGCGGUACGUAAUGCCUUUGGUACGAUAAACAACGUGCUGAGAGUCCCCGCAGAGGCCGGAGGGAAGGAUUCAUUAGAGAUCCCACCAGAAGAAGACUCUGACCUGGAGGAGUGUAUGAGGGUCCGGCUGGACUGGACAGGAGAGGCGACCGGAGACGUGUUCGUGUCGGGGUCUUGGGACGGCUGGACACGCAGCUGGAAACUAAAGAGGAGGUAA